GUUCGACUGGGUAAAGGUAAACCAUCAACAAUGGCAACUUCAUCGCGGUUAAUUUCCGGCUCAGUAACCUAUGAGAAACCCUAGACUUCAAAAUUGAUUUCAGAUCACUCUAUCAGAAGCUCAAUGCUUGAUCAACCAGGCAAAAAGAAAAAAAAAAAAAAACUUGGGACUGAUGGGCAAUUCAAGUGAGGAAGAAGAGUAUAAUGCAUUCUUGGAGAAGGUUAAAAGGACAAUUUAUGUGGAUAACUUGGCACCCCAAGUUACUGAAUCUGUGAUGAGAACUGCUUUUAAUCAGUUUGGGUAUGUGAAGAGUGUUCAGUUCAUCCCCGUCUAUCUCGAACCCAAGAACGCGCCCCAAUCUGCUCUUGUGGAGAUGGAAAACCCAAAACAGGCAGUGGGUAUCAUUGAGGAGAUGGGGAAAUUACCUUUCAUGAUAUUAGGGAUGCCGCGGCCUGUCAGGGCAUCUGCUGCUCGGCUGGAGAUGUUCGAUGAUCGUCCCAGGAAGCCAGGGCGCAAAAUCAUUUGUCGUUGGUUGGACCCGAAGGAGCCUGAGUUUGAGGUAGCGAAGAAACUCAAGGCUGCAGUGGGGAGACAUGCUGCAGAAGCAUUAACAGUGCUCGAGGCGCAACGAGCAGAGGAAGAGAAACUUGCAAACCAGCAAAAGGAGAUAUUGAAAUCACAUUACAACAAGUAUGAACUGUUGAAGACGGUCAUUGAAGACGGAAGUGCUAAACGUUUGGGACUACAAUAUGAGAUACCCCUUUCAGAUGUAUGAUCGCCGGGUCUGUGUCAUGUUCUAUGUAGACAAUUUAGGGUGUAAGGAAACCUUGUAGUGAUAUGUUUAUUCCAAAAUCCCCUACAAAUUAUUUGGACUGUCUCUUCUGACAAUUGACAUUCAGUGCAUGUUGCUUAUGUAUACAUUAGCUUCAUUUAACCAAAGUUCUUUCCAUGUUUGUGGGAUGAAUCUCCGGCAGAGGCUAUGAAAAUUCUUAUUAUACGAGAGAAGUGAAAUUCAAGUCUCUAAUGGUCUCCUUGCAAAUGCUUUUGUACUAUGUUUCACUAAUUUAUUGUUUGUGUAGCAUCAA